AUGGGUAGAUUCUCGCCGGAUAGCUGGACGCCCGCGGUCAAUGUCCUCACCUGGUAUUUGCUGGUCACGGCCGCUCUCAGCGUGUUGACUCGACUGGGCACCAAGUGGUGGAUCUUCCGCAAACUGACCACCGACGAUUAUCUGAGCAUCGUCUCGCUGGUAUACAUACAACCGUCGCGGAGGACGAGCCCGCGAGCACCCUGGCUAACGAAAUCCAGAUAA